AUGACUACUGUUGGUGGAUCUAAAAUGGGAGCUUCUACUAUGACUGCUUUAGGUGGUACAUCAAUGACUGGUGGUGGCGCAUCACCAAUGCCAUCUGGAGGUGGUGGAGCUGGUAGUGCUGGUAAAUCUAUAGGUGGCGGAGCUCCCAUGCCUGCUGGUGAAACAACAUCUGCUUACUUUGGUGCUCCAGGUGGCGCAAGAGGUGGUGGAGCUGUUUCAGCUUAUUUUGCUCCAAAGUAA